AUGCUCCGUAAACUCUGGGAUGGGUCCUGGAAACCUCCUUCGAGUUCAAAUGCCACUUUGUCAUUUCAUAGAAAGCGUCUAAGUAAUGAUACUUCCGAUACCGAUCUGAACGAAAACAGCAGUCAAAGUUACUCCAGCAAAAAUAUACCCAAUAUCAACAGAAGAGACAGCUUAGUGUCGCCUUUUCGAUUUUCUGCAUCCUCGGAAUGCUUGAGUCCUGAAUAUACGGAAGAUAGCAUCAAUCCGUUUGAAACUCAACCUUUGAAGAAAAGUAGAAGCUUUUCAGGAAGAGCCAAUUCUCGUUCUCCUUUGUCUUGGAGGAAGAAGACCAAGUCAGUAAGGUUCGAAAUUGAUGACAAGGAUGAGCCACCAGUGUUGCAAUGUUCUUCUUUUGUGGAGGAUACCGACUCACUGUCUACGGAAAAACUCGAAAUUUUAACUCCUUUGGAAUCCGAUUCAAAUUAUUCAGCUGGUUCUUUUGAAAAGAAUCUGCUGUCUGAUCGUGUUCAUUAUAAAUCAAUGAAGGAAUAUCGUCGGUAUGAAAAUGAGGCACAAAAGGUCUACUCAAAUAUUCUCAAAGAUGAGCUGAUCGAGAAUUCUGAUGUAACUUUCCAGCAACAGCUGCUCCCCUAUGACUCUCUUAAUGGUAUUUAUAGAUUGUUGAAUCUUGAAAACCAGCAAGAGUCGUCUUUUGAUUGCAUACCAUCCAUCGAAAAGAAAUUGAGAGAGCUUUCGACAGUUGCAAAUGAAAUAAUCAAAAUUGAGGCUUUGGGAGUUUGCACUACUCAAAAUCAGAGUACUGAGACUGCUCUAGGUACCAGUCUUGACUUAGAGAGCCAAAUCAAACAGAUCAAAAGUUUCGUCACCACCUUGAAUGCUGAGGUAAUUCGGGUUCAAGAAGAGAAAAAAUCAAUAGCUAAAAAGCUUGCAGAUAAGACUAGUUCUACACCUAGCGAAAGUAGAACCAACUCAAAUCUUUCAUGUCUUUUGGAUGGGGUUUUGGCUGAAAAUACUCGACUUAAAGCUGAGGCUGAAAUUUUGGCUGCGAAAAAUUGCAGCAUUUUACAAGAAAAUGAAGAUUUGCAAAAACUGUCAAAAUUGCUACUUGAUGAAAAAACGAAAUUACAACUUGAUCAGAAUCAAAAGUUGACAAAGAAGAUUGAAGACAGCGAAAAUUUGAUAAUAAUGCAGAAUACUACUAUUACAGAGUUGAAAACACAAAUUGAAAAUAUAACCUUUGAAAAUGAUGAAAAAAUUGUGCAACUAGAAGAACAAAUUACUGAAAAGGAUCAAGAGCUUUUACAAUUGAGAGACAAGAGCCUGGUUUACAUCCGUGAGAUCAUGGAGCUAGAAAAGGAUAUUACGAUGGAGCUAGAUGAUAUUUCAUUACGAGAAGCUGCUACUGCCGAAGCUAUCAAAGACAGAACUCUUCUGCUCGAGCUUCAAUUGCAGGAUACACAGGCACGUUGUCAGGGUCUUGAAUGUGCUGGUGUACAACUCAACAACAAGAUCCAUAAGCUCAAUGCAUUCAAUAGCCAUGCUUCAAUUGUCCUCCAUGCUUUGCAUAAUUAUAUAAAAAAGCUUCAGCAUCUGCACCACAAAAAACUCAAGGAGGUGGAGGAUACUCGCGACGCAUUCAGUCAAGCAACUGUGAUUUUCAUCAAAGAUAUAAUUUCAGCAUUAUAUCCCGUGCUCAGUGAAGAAGCUCAACUGUACUUUAAUCUGAGCAAAUUUUUACCAUCGGCCGUCAUUGCUAGGCAAGCGUUCAAGCCCAUAGUGGACAGCAUUCACCAAUUGGUAGAGGCUAAUGCCUAUUUGAGAAAUUUGGACGACAGACGAGCUUCGCUCACCGAUUCCAAUUGCGACGCUAUGCUCCAGCAAGUUACUAGGAUUGUCAAUUUCAUGACAGAAAAGUCCUAUGAUGUAUAA